CUGUAUAAACUCGUGUGCAUGCCACGUGGCUCUAGAACAAUGGAGGGUUACGGACACUCUGUUUCUUCAUCACCAUAUGUUGUAGACCCUCGUAACAUCACUCAGGGUACAUCAUAUGAAGCAACAGCCUCACAAGGAAGCAAUGCAUCAGUCCCCCCAACCGAAGAGGACCAUCCUGAUUUGUACAUUCCAGAAGAAGUCAAACAGUUUCUUCCUUAUUUUUAUAAACAAAUUAAAAACAAGGUUGUACCUGAAAUUCUUAACAUCUAUGAGAAUGAAUUUAAUCGUCUCUCAGAUCGUUACUUUAAAGAAUUUCCUUGGCCUGAGGCAAAAAGAAUCGCUCCUUUUGUAAAUAAUGAUGAAAUUUUUCUGAUUCUGUUUGAGGAGCUUCGGUAUCGACACAUAUAUGCCAAGCAUAAACCUACUAUUGAACAUCGUUUUGAAUCCUUUCAGAGGUACUGUGACUUUUUUGAUGCCAUUCUUAAUACUGAUAAACCUGUUGACAUUGAGUUACCUAACCAAUGGUUGUGGGACAUUGUUGAUGAAUUUAUUUAUCAGUUUCAAAGUUUUGUGCAGUUUCGUGGGAAGCUAACAAGCCGAUCUGCUGAUGAGAUUAAAAUGCUGAAAGACGAUUCAAAAGUAUGGAACAUUCAUGGAGUUCUGAAUGUGCUGUAUUCUCUUGUGGAAAAGUCAAAUAUAAAUAAGCAGUUGGAAGCAUUUAUGGCUGGAAAUGACCCAGACUCUGUGGCUGGAAAUUUUGGUACACAUUUAUUGUACAAGAAUUUAGGAUAUUUUAGUUUGAUCGGACUGUUACGUCUUCACUGUCAGCUUGGUGAUUACCAUGCUGCUCUUAGCUCUGUUGAGAAUCUGCAGCUUUCGAAGAAAGUAUUGGCAACUACUAGAGUUCCUGCAAGUCAAAUAGCGUUAUAUUAUUAUUUGGGAUUUUCCUAUUUUAUGACUAGAAAGUAUAGAGACACUGUACGUGUAUUUUCAAACAUCAUUGUAUUUAUUCAAAGAGUUAAACAACAUUUUCAGCCUAAGUCCUAUCAGCUUGAUUUGGUUGUGAAGCAGAAUGACCAAAUGUUAUACAUUCUAGCAAUGGUUCUGACACUAUAUCCUCAGCAUGUAGAUGAAGCAGUCAAUACUCAAUUGAAGGAUAGAAGAUUUCAAGAAGAUAUGUCGAAGUUACAAGAUGGUGAUGCAGCAACUUUUAAAAAGCUCUUUACACAAUGUUGUCCAAAGUUUAUUUCACCUGUAGCUCCUGAUUAUGAUGCAUUGCCAGAUAACUAUAAUUAUAAAGCCCCAACUGAACAUCAAUGUAGUCUCUUUAUGAGAGACUUAGAGCCACAAUUGAUAUUGCCAGUAAUCAGAAGUUACCUCAAGUUUUACACCACGAUGCCUGUAGCAAAGUUAGCUUCAUUUCUAGAAAAAGAUGAAGCUGCAUUGUGUGAACUUCUGCUUCGUUUUAAGCAUAGACAACGAACAUCUACUCUAGUAGGCCAGAUGGCAUCAGAUGCUCAAGCUGCUUCUGAUAUAGAUUUCUAUAUUGAUGGUGAUAUGAUUCAUAUUGCUGAUACUAAAGUGGCUCGAAGAUAUGGCGAUUACUUUUUGAGACAGAUCAACAAGUUGCAAGAUCUUGUCAGUAAGAACUAGCUAGUAAUAUGUUGCAAGAAACUGUUUGAAUAGAAUUUUUGUUAUAAUUAUUAUCAAUUAAUACAAUAUUAUUUCAAAAUUGUUCUGCAUCAGUAAAAAAA